CUCCCAACAAGCAGCCCUCCUCUUCCUCCUGAUUUCUCUGCUUGGAACUUGACCUGGAUCAUGAAAGAUACAUCCCCUUUCUCCUCCCAUAGAGGACGACAUAUAUUUGACUGCAACUUUGAAUCUCCUUGUGAGCUAGAAUAUUCCCUUUCCUCAAAAGAUCAGGAAAACCGUAACAGGGCCUGGCUUAGAGUGAAUGCAGAAGAGAUUUCACAGCUAAACAUUCCAGAUGGACCAGAAAGAGAUCACUCUGAGGAUACACCAAAAGGUUUGUUCCUGUUCCUCAAUGCAUCAGAUGGCCCAAGUCCAGUCAUCCUGAGCCCUUGGCUGAGAAGCAGCAGUGACCAAUGCACAGUUCAAGUGGCUGUUUAUAAGAAUUUCCAGCAAAGUGGAGAAUAUGUUGCUCGGGUCCUUUCCAUUGAUGAAAACACCAGUGAAAUCCUAUCAGUGCCAAGUCCAGAGAAACACGGAUGGGUAUUGCUUCAAAGGAGAGUUGGACAUCGAGAGAAACCAUUUAGGAUCUCACUGGAAUAUGUUGCUAAUGGGAGCAAGAGUGAGGCGGCCGUCGAUUCUUUUGCAAUGAAGAACUGCAGUACAGGAUCUGCUUCUGGCUCAAAAAUGGCUCUGGAAGGUUCCUUCAGCUGCUGGAAUGGAACAGUGAUCCGACUGGGGCAGGCUUGUGACUUCAUCAGGGACUGUGACAAGGGAGAAGAUGAGGGAGAUAUGUGCAAAAAACUUCCUUCUGGCUUUUACUGUUCCUUUGAAGAAGGGGACUGCGGCUGGAUUCAGGACUCCUCUGCAUCUCGUGCUUCUCCAUGGCAAAUUGGAAGCCCAGAGUACAAUCAUUUUCCUCCACUAGAAGGUAGCGCACUCCUCCUGAACACCAGCAAAGCACCAACAGGAGAAAACAAUGUAAUGACCAGCCCUGUGUUUCCAGCUCCACUGAGAAACUCCCCCUGUGAGCUACGAUUGUCAUGGCUCAUCCGUGGCGUCUUGCUGGGAAAUAUAUCCUUGGUGCUCGUCGAGAACAAAACGGGGAAGGAACAGAGCAGGACGUUCUGGCAUUCAGCUAACAGUGAAGGUUUCGGAAUAUGGCAGUGGGUGGUCUUAUCUCUCCCAGAUGUAUUGGAUAGGUUUUGGUUUCAGAUCAUCGCUUCAUGGGAAGAAGGAUCCGAUGCCAUUAUUGCUUUUGACAAUGUCUCUCUUAGUCUGGACUGUUAUUUAACAAUCAGGGGAGAGAAGUCAUCUCAAGGUGUCAGUCCGGACUCGAGCAAUUUGCUUACCAACAGAGGUGGCCAGAAGAAGUUUGGAUGGGAACAAAAGCUUCUGGAAAAUCUCCAGCUCAGCACCGCCCCUGUUUCUGGUCCAGCAGAUCACUGGUUAUUCACAACAUGUGGUGCCAGCGGACCCUAUGGGCCCACACAGAGCCAAUGCAACGAUGCCUACAGGAACUUCAACCUCAGUGUAAUCGUAGGCACUGAGGGGAUUCUCCAAGGCAUUCAGAUCUGGAGAGUACCAGCAACCAACACUUACAGCAUCUCAGGCUAUGGAGCUGCUGGUGGAAAAGGAGGGAAGAACACCAUGGUGCGGUCCCAUGGCGUGUCUGUAUUGGGAAUUUUUGACCUCCAGAAGGAUGAUACUUUGUAUAUCUUGGUGGGACAGCAAGGCGAAGAUGCUUGUCCUAGUACUAAUGACGUUAUACAGAAAGUCUGCAUUGGAGAGAACAACGUGAUUGAAGAAGAGAUACGUGUGAACAGAAGUGUUAAUGAAUGGGCAGGAGGAGGUGGAGGUGGGGGAGGCGCAACGUACAUAUUUAAGAUGGAGAAUGGAGAACCAGUCCCCUUGAUCAUAGCGGCAGGAGGUGGUGGCAGGGCCUACAGGGCCAAAACAGACACAUUUCAUCCAGAAAGGCUGGAGAAUGAUUCCUCUAUUCCAGGGCUGAAUGGAAAUUCAGGAGCUGCAGGUGGUGGAGGUGGCUGGAAUGAUAACACUUCCUUCCUGUGGUCAGGAAAAUCCUUGCUGGAAGGUGCUACGGGAGGAAGAUCCUGCCCCCAGGCCAUGAAGAAGUGGGGGUGGGAGACAAGAGGGGGUUUCGGAGGGGGUGGAGGGGGGUGCUCCUCAGGUGGAGGAGGCGGAGGAUAUAUAGGUGGCAAUGCUGCAGUGGACAAUGACCCAGAGAUGGAUGGGGAGGAUGGUGUGUCCUUUAUUAAUCCAAUUGGUACUUUAUACACUCCAGCACUUAAAGUGACAGAGGGGCACGGAGAAGUGGAAAUUAGGCUGCACCUGAACUGCAGUCACUGUGAGAUGGACGAGUGCCGUGUUGAUCUUGAGACUCAAAAAGUCAUUUGCUUUUGUGAGCCAGGCACAGACUUGGCUGAGGAUGGUGUGUCUUGCAUAGAGCCGGUGGUUCAUCUCCCUCUCUCCUUGGUCUUGUCUGUAGUGACUUCAGCAUUGGUUGCUGCCUUAAUUUUGGCUUUUUCAGGAAUCAUGAUAGUGUAUCGUCGGAAACACCAAGAGCUGCAAGCCAUGCAGAUGGAGUUACAGAGCCCAGAAUAUAAACUGAGCAAGCUGCGUACCUCCACUAUUAUGACAGACUACAACCCCAACUACUGCUUUGCAGGAAAAACCACAUCCAUUAGUGACCUCAAAGAGGUGCCUCGCAAAAACAUCUCCCUCAUCCGGGGUUUGGGUCACGGAGCCUUUGGUGAGGUAUAUGAAGGUCAGGUGGCAGGGAUCCCCAGCGACCCCACUCCCUUGCAGGUGGCUGUGAAAACAUUGCCAGAAGUGUGUUCAGAGCAAGAUGAACUGGACUUCCUCAUGGAAGCUCUUAUUAUUAGCAAGUUCAACCACCAGAAUAUUGUGCGCUGUAUCGGGGUGAGCUUGCAGGCAUUGCCCCGUUUCAUCCUGCUAGAGCUCAUGGCUGGAGGUGACCUGAAAUCAUUCCUGAGAGAGACGCGGCCUAGACCGAACCAGCCCUCUUCCCUUUGCAUGCUGGACUUGCUCCACGUGGCUCGUGACAUUGCUUGUGGUUGUCAGUACUUGGAGGAGAACCACUUCAUUCACAGGGAUAUUGCUGCCAGGAACUGCCUCCUCACCUGUCGAGGGCCUGGGAGAGUGGCUAAAAUUGGAGACUUUGGAAUGGCCCGAGACAUAUACAGAGCCAGCUAUUAUCGGAAGGGUGGGUGUGCAAUGUUGCCCGUCAAAUGGAUGCCUCCUGAGGCCUUCAUGGAGGGGAUAUUUACAUCAAAAACAGACACAUGGUCCUUUGGUGUAUUGCUGUGGGAGAUAUUCUCUUUGGGAUAUAUGCCCUACCCUAGCAAAAGUAACCAAGAGGUUCUGGAGUUCGUAACCAAUGGAGGAAGGAUGGAUCCACCUAAAAACUGCCCUGGCCCUGUUUACCGCAUUAUGACCCAGUGUUGGCAGCACCAGCCUGAAGACAGGCCAAACUUUGCCAUAAUCCUGGAGAGGAUUGAGUACUGCACUCAGGAUCCAGAUGUCAUCAACACUGCUUUACCGGUGGAAUAUGGGCCAUCAGUUGAAGAGGAGGAGAAGGUAGCGAUGCGCCCAGAAGAUUCAGAAGGGAUUCCUCCUCUCUUGGUCUCCGCACACAAAGACAGAAGGGAUGACAAGCAAGCUUUGCCGUCUCCACCCCCGCUGCCAUCAGCCAUCGCUACUGGAAAACCUCUAGGGAAAGUGGGAGCCUUGGACCCACCGGUCCCCGGGAAGGUGCAGUCAGCCUCAGCAGGGGGACAUAUCAACAUGGCCUACACCCAGUCCAAUCCCCCUUCUGAGCUGCACAAAGGCCGGGGCUCCAGAAACAAGCCCACCAACCUCUGGAAUCCGACAUAUGGUUCCUGGUUUGCAGAGAAGCAGGCCGGCAAAAACAGUUCUCUGCUGGAGAAAGAAAUGUCUGAGAGGGAGAAUUUGGGGCACGAAGGAAACUGUACUGUAGGGCCCAACAUUGUGACUGGCAGGCUGCCAGGCUCCUCCCUGCUAUUAGAGCCGUCUUCCCUAACAGCAAGUGUUAAAGAAGUGCCUCUCUUUAGGCUUCGCCACUUCCCCUGUGGGAAUGUCAACUAUGGAUACCAACAGCAGGGCUUACCCUUGGAAGCCUCCACGCCACCUUGCGCUAGCAGUUAUGAGGACCCUAUCCUCAGAAACAAGAACCACGUAACCCACCAGGGGCCCUGAGAGCCCUCUACCCCCUUGACUUUCACCCGUGUGGCCCCUGAGCCUUGAAGAGAUGUCCUGUUACCAAUACAUCAUAAGCAAGGGAUCUGACAGUGUCACCUUCCAUUAUGUGCCAGCUUGCUCCAAAGUGCCACCCUUGAAGCUGUAAUUUCAAAUAACCCAAGAGGCUUCAAAUCACCA